GCCCGUAAUUUUCUCAAACACCACCAAGCGCUCACGCCAGAAGCAUCCGACAGACUCGCGGAGCUGGGAUUCUGCCUCGCGUGUAUACGAACCAGCUCUAAUUUGACAGUGACAAGUAUAUCGGGAGGGUUUGAUAAAGUGUGUGAAGUUCAGUGAGUGGUCGGAUUACGAGUAGGAGAUUAUAGUAAGCAGUAUUUGUGUUAAGAAAAAUACCUCGUUGAGGGACUUGGUGGAUGGACAGAGCGACGGUCCGAGAUACGGGAUAUUCCUAACCUUCAAAUAUGUCAGUUUCUUGCUUCUGUACUUGAUUAUCGUGCAGUGACUCUGUACCACAGUGGCUUUAACUGCGAAACUUUGAGAGUGACAAUCUUAUCGAGUACACGUUGAGAAAGUAAUAACAAAUAUUAAUCCAGUGUAGACGUUUAACAGUGCCAGGUUGAAUAAUAUAAUUUAUCGAAGGUACUGUUGUGAUCAGUGGUUGGCAAGUGCGACGACUGGAAAUGUGAGAAGAGUCCAGGGGAAUAAGAGAUUGGAAACCCUAUACAGGUGGGCUUUAUAGUGACUUUGACGCUCGUUGUUGUCCGUCGCUUAGACAGAGAAAGGAAGAGACAGAGAGAGAGAGAGAAUCUCCGGUAGAAAUCUUACCCGGGAUUAUAAUUGACACUCAGAAAUAGGUCAUCGACAGGCAGCCGUGACGGGGGGUGAUCACCCCGAGGAUGCGGGAAACUUAAAGAAUUCCUGGGGGAUUUUUUAUAAACACUCGGUGACACCUUCCCUGGAGAAGCUGGCUGCGGCGCGUACGAUGAUGCCGCUCGCGCCGACGCCAAUUGUCCCGGUGCCCUCGAAGCCAAAAAUCGGCUUCAGCAUCGACUCCAUCGUUGGCGGCGGUCGGGAGGAUCGUCUGGACAGAAUCGAACGCGUCGAAAUUGACCGGGAUGGAAGUCCAAUGGAUGUCGAAGGAUCAUCCUCGCCGCGGAGUCGGCAGAUCGUACAGUCUCCCGGAGCUCACUCUGAGAGUUCGGACAGGCCAUUGUCGCGAAGUUCCUCUGUGGAAUCUUAUCCUAAUUCACGGCGUACGCCCUCGCACAACAGUCAUCCUCUGGGACUGGCGCAUCAUCUAGAGUUCAACAGAACGACAUCGCACAGUCAUAGCGGAGGAUCCACACCGAAUAACAGUCCUAGUCCUCCUCACAGGAUACCCCAUGAUUCACCAGUAGGCUCGCACCCUCAGCCACCACCAGGAGUGGUGAGGCCAAGUCCUAACUACCUCGCACCACCUCCUGGGGCAGCCACUGCGGCAGCGGUGGCAGCCGAACAGCUCAAAUCCCUAUACGGUAUACCUGGACAUGGACCCGCUGGACCUCAGACAGGCCAGAGCGAGUACCAUACCCAGCAACUGGCCCUGGCUGCCAACCUGGCCGCUGCUCAACACUUCCAAGCUGCCAAUUUGGCUGUGGCACUCCAAGCCCAUCACGGCGGUUCACCUCAUGGACCUCCACACGGACCUUAUUCUCAUGGUGGGGCACCUGGUGGACCUCAUCCUCCACCACAUCCUCAUCAGCCACCUAGGGAUAGCUAUCCACUCUACCCGUGGCUACUCUCUAGACACGGGAGAAUCUUCCCACAUCGAUUUCCUGGCGGACCGGAUAUUCCUGGAUUCCUCCUACAGCCAUUCCGGAAGCCCAAGAGAAUAAGAACGGCCUUCAGUCCAAGUCAGUUACUGAAACUGGAACACGCCUUUGAGAAAAAUCAUUACGUGGUUGGCGCCGAGAGGAAGCAAUUGGCGCAGGCACUCUCCCUCACGGAGACUCAGGUCAAAGUCUGGUUUCAAAAUCGACGAACGAAGCACAAGAGAAUGCAGCAGGAGGAGGAGGCCAAGGCGCAACAGCAAUCCGGCGGCAACGGCAACAACGGAACCAACAAGAACACUCACCACGUGAGCAAGUGGCAGCAGGAGACUGGAGAUUAUCAUCACGAAGAAGAGGAACACAUCGAUCCGGAAGCUGACGAGUGCUCGAGCGGAUCCGAAGCGUAGCUAGACGUUCUUUGCCUGGAUUAAUCCAGGAAGGAUCAAGAAGCCCUGGAGUCCUUUUGCUCCAGAAGGAUUUACACGUUCUUCAUCCUUGAAUCGGAUGACCUCGCCAAUGGAAAGGAUCCCGUAGACUUGGAUGGACGUCUUCGCCCGAACGACCCCCUUGGCACUGUCCUAGAAAGGACGUCGAAAGGACUAGGUGCCAGCAUCCGGAUGAUCAGCGGCUUUCGUUAGAACGAAAAUGAAUCCAUAGCAAGGGACGAAUCGAUGUUCCUUCGCACUAUGAUUUCGAAAAAAAAAAUAAUGAUUUAUACUUGUAUCUUAUCGAUGGGUUCCGAAUAUCAAAAAUACGAAAUUUUCUUCGGGAACCUUCGGCGAUAUUCGGCAAAAAAAAUCCAGAUCCGAACGAGAUAAAUGAAUCGUCGGUACCUCCGUCUCGUAGCGUCUGCCAAGGAACCGCGGGGAACAAACCCUACAGGAAGCACGUUAACGGUGGCCAUUGCCCGUCGAAGACGGGUCUACGCGCCGCUAAGUCGUUACGUUUCCGGCCCGGAAAUAGCGGUGCUACGGAAGCAAGGAAGAAGCGCAGGACAAGAACACCGGAUAUGGGAUCAUCGCGGGAGACAUUCGAAUUGAGGAAUUCUUCCAGCCGCUGAUGAACUUUUUUUUUUUUCGCCUAACCACUACUUCUCGACGGUCCUUCGUAAUAUCCAUUUAAUAUCUUGCCAUAUAUAAUUCGCCAUACGCACAGACACACACGCAAAACACGAUCCACCCUAGAUACUUGUAAAUAAUACAAUACAGACUGCUAGCCAGUUUUGCGGGAAUUUUCACGCGACCAGUGAGAAGGUAAAGGGACGAUGAGAGAAGCACGAGGAAUAUAGAAGUAUAAAUAAAUAUAUAUAUAUAUCUAGAAUGAGAGCGAGAGAGAAGAGACGAGAAUAAUAAAAUAAAGCGACCCUGUCGAAAAUGUCAGCUAUAUAACGAAGGUUGUACAUAGGUAUAAAAGGGAACUAAACAGUGAGUGCCAAACUUGAUACUUGAAACCCAGUGUAGUAAGUACGAUGUAUAUUUACAGGUUAGGUUGUUGUUUUCAAACGAGCAGUAUUCUUUAUCGAUCGAUGUCUGAGAUGUACUAAAUUAAAUUAUUAUCCAAGAGCAAAUGGCGGCGUGUCCUGACGUCAUUGAAAAUUUAGAAUAUAUGAACCGCCCCUAUCGAGACCUUAUUCGCGAAUCUGUGCAUUUACUGGAGACACGAAACAUUUAUUCGCUGCGAGUCACCUGGUAAAUUCAAUAAUCGAAUCGGGUCUCGAUACGUCCUUAAACAAUGGCGCAGGUAAUUUCCCAGAUUUCUACGUCAGGACACGCUCGCUCUGCCACACGCUGUACAUACUUUUGUAAAUAAGAAAUGUGAUUUUACUCGACGUACGAAGUAGUGUCCGAAGAGAUCGAAAGAUUCAGUUCGUGUUUUAACGAUAUAGUGAAAUAAAUUAUAUCACCUCUCCACGAUA